ACAAGACCAACAGCGAGCGAGCUUAGGGAAGGAGGCGCUCGUUAAAAAAAUCCUAAUUUACGAUGACUGAACAGAAUGAAGAGGCCAAGAAUGCUGUUUUAAAGAGCCGUGAUAAAGGAGGGACAGGCACCAUGACCCCUGGCCCAAGCAGCAGCAUGUCUGUUCGUCUGCCUUCCUUCAGAGGCCCUCGUGACCUCACUCUCUCAGCCUCCUCAGCAUCUACACCAAUUAAACCUACACUUAUAACUAGACCUAGAAAGACGUUUUCACCAAAUAUUCCAGUUAGAAGAGAAAAGACUGAAAAAGUUGUGGAAUCAAAGGCAGAAAAAAGUCAAAAGCGAAAUCGUGACCGGGACAAAAAAGAAGGUGGAAGAGGAAGAGGCAGAGGUCGUGGCAAGGAGUUUGUUCAGACGACUGGCUCCCUCUUUGGUGAAGUGCUGGGAUGCCAUGCAAGCCAUAUCCACUGUGAUUUUCAUUUAGUUGUUGUAUUUACAUGUAGAUGGCUCUACACAUUGUUAGUCACCAGGGAUCAUGAAGACCAAAAAUUGAAAGACCUACUAAGAGACAAUUUCAUAGAUGACCCCAGUGACCUCUCAGAACGGGACAGCGACGAGGACUUAUUCCCAGUCCAGCUCCCGAUGGUGGACACGGGUCGGGGCUUUAAGGAAGAGGACGUUGACCAUGAUGUCAAGAUAAAAAAAACAGAACCAAUUAUCACUCCCGAUGGCACUGAAGUAAAGAGUGAACCAGCAGAUCCUGAAGAAGCCAUGGCAGUGGUAAAUGACACUGCAGCUGCCGUAGAGACAAAGGAUAUUAAGAAAGAGAAUCUACUCAAGCAUACAGACAAAAAGGUUAUGAUGAAGGGAGGCCUACCAGCAAAGGAAAAGACACCAGAGCCAUCAGUGGUCCAGCUUCUGUCAGGGAAACACAAGGAUUUCAUGUUCUUUCAGCUGCCAAACUCUCUUCCCAGUCACCCUCCUGAGAUCAAACAGGAGCCGCAAACUACACAACAGAAACAAUCACAGCCUAGUAAUGUUAGCAAUGCAACUGCUGAUGAUGAAGAGGAGAAGAAAGCACAACCUCAGUAUUGUACUUUAAAUACAUUACCAGAAGGGCAGAUUGGGAAGCUCAAGAUAUAUAAAUCAGGGAAGACCGAGUUGUGGUUAGGGGAACAUAAGCUUAUUGUUAAUAAGGGAACUCAGGUUGGCUUUUUGCAGGAUGUUGUGAGUGUCGAGACAGAUGAAGAAAAGAAGAGUGGAAACAUGACCGUUCUUGGGCACAUCGGCCAUCGGCUCGUUUGCUCUCCGGACUUGGAAUCUCUCGUCAGACAAAUGAAGACUUAGCAUUGGCUUCACAUCUAGUCCGUUAUUUCUGUUUUUACGUCUUUUUUUUUCUUUCUUUCUUUCUUUCUUUCUUUUUCAGAAUAUUUCAUUAUUUUAAUGGCAUGAUAGGGCUUUAUUUUUUUAAGUGCAGUGGACUGUAUUUGCAAAGCUAUUCUUUUUUUGCAGAAAACAGGUUGAGCUACUUUUGAGAUACAUUGUUCAUAUUUGAAUAGCAUUCAAGUAUUAAGAAAGUGGUUGUGUUAUUCAGUCAGUUUUGAUAAUCAUUGUGUGAGUAAUAUUUGCACUCUGUAAAAAGAAACUGGAAAGUGAUAGAUAUUUUUGUCUCUCUUUUUUUUUUUUUUUUUUUUUUUUUUUUAUUAUUAUUAUCCAGUUUUUUUAAAUUUUGUUUUGCUUAUUUUGGGAAACAUUAAUAGAUUGUUGAUAACUAGAUGUGUUUAUAAAUAAAAUUGUAUCACAUCUGUA